CACGACCAAUUUAAUUAGAUGACACAUUAGUGUUUUCAGAUGUGGUGGAACAGCAAACGAUUGUUUUUAAUGCCAUGAUGCGGGUGGAAUUCUGCUGCUGGAACCUGUUUUUAUGGCUGCAGGCAGUCAUCGCGAUUGGAAAACUGCGUCACGCGAUCGGUCACGAUGGCUUUCACAACAUUGAGAGGGAAAAGCGCUGGAGGAACUGGCCAGCACGUGUGCGAUCCCAUCAUCGGCGUUACCAUGAAUAAUGUUUAAUCUUUAAACAAUAAACAAUACAUUAUGCAUAAA